AUGUCGUCCCUGAACAGCACCAGCAUGCUCUCCGAGAGACAAAAAGACGAGCUGCACAAAUCCAUCCUUGACUAUUUCAAAAGCAACAAUCUUCACGAAUCCUACGCCACACUCCUCCGUGAAUCGGGCCAGGAAGGCUUUGUUCCUGACCCAAAAGCCAAAUAUGCCGGUCUACUCGAAAAGAAAUGGACCUCUGUCAUCCGACUGCAAAAAAAAAUCAUCGAGAUGGAAUCCCGCCUAAGCUCACUGCAAGAAGAGCUUGCCUCGGCGCCGUCGGCCAAACGAUCUGCAUCCCUGAACGACUGGGUACCGCGUGGAUCAGCAAGGCAUACAAUGACAGGUCAUCGCUUACCCGUCACCAAAGUUGCGUUCCACCCUAUCUUCAGCCAGGUCGCGACUGCUAGUGAGGAUACGACGAUCAAACUUUGGGACUGGGAGACGGGGGACUUUGAAAGGACGCUCAAGGGGCAUACCAAGGCGGUACAGGAUGUUGAUUUUGAUAGCAAAGGGAAUUGGGUCCUUAGCUGUUCCAGCGAUCUUAGUAUCAAAGUGUGGGAUGCGAAUAACGAUUAUAGGAACACAAAGACCUUGCAUGGUCACGAUCAUAGUGUUUCAAGUGUAAAGUUUUUGCCCGGCGAUGAUAUGAUAGUUUCCGCUAGUAGAGAUAGGACCAUUAGGAUCUGGCAGUUUUCUACUGGCUUUUGUACCAGGACCAUACAUGGGCAUGCCGAGUGGGUUCGUUCUGUGAUACCUUCCGAUGAUGGAAGGUGGUUAGUCAGUUGUUCGACCGACCAAACAGCCAGGAUAUGGGAAUUGUCAACCGCAGAGACAAAGGUGCAACUUCGCGGUCAUCAACACGUCGUUGAAACGGCCAUCUUUGCCCCACCUUCUGCCUAUCCCGCGAUUCGAGAAUUGACGGGAUUGGUCACACCGAAAGACAGCUCAGCAACAGCACCAGGCCAAUUUGUCGCUACAGGAUCCAGAGAUAAGGCUAUAAGGAUAUGGGAUAAUGCCGGCCAAUGUCUCAAAACCCUCAUCGCUCAUGACAAUUGGGUCAGGGGUUUAGCCUUCUCCCCGAAUGGGAAGAACCUGUUGAGUGUAUCAGACGAUAAAACGGUGAGGGUAUGGGAUUUGAAAACAGGUCGAUGUACAAAAACCAUCGAUGCACAUGCACAUUUCAUCACCAGUGUCGCUUGGGGUAAGGCCAAGAUCGAAGCUCAGAUACCACCUGCUCAGGAUGGCGCCAGUGCCGUUAUUGGUGCAGGAGCAGGGGGAAGCAAUGGACAACUCAAGGCAGGCGAGUCAAGGACGGUCAAUGUUGUUGCAACGACGAGUGUUGACUUGACGGUGAAAAUAUGGGCGCCAUAA